GUUUAACAGCGAUUUUUUUUGUUUUUCUUACUAUUUUUGGGAGGAUUCUGGAUCACAAAUUAUGUGAUUUUACAUGAGUUGAUGCAAUGGAAAAUGGGGUUUGUUCUUGAUGGAACCUACAUGGAUCUGAGGGCCGAAGGGUUUAUUUUUAUAUUACGAUAAGUCUAUUAAAUGGGACUCAUCAGAUGGUGUGUUUUAUAUUAAUCUUCUUAAAAGAGUUCAAGAUGCAUGUUUAUAACACAGGAGCAGGACUAUGCAAAUUAGUUGUUCCCAAUUAUAAAUAUGCUGAGCUUCAAUAUUAAGUAGUUAGGACACAUUGUGUGAUGAGUCCCAUCUAGUAGAUUUACUGUACUGAAAAUCAACUCAAAUAAUCGGCCAAAGAAAAAAAAAAUCAAUGCAAGGUGAAAAUUGUUGUAUUAGAUAUUCAUCUGAGCAAUAUGGUUCCACUGAUGUUUGUUUUGCUACUCUUUUUGUUUGGAAUAGUGGUGUUGUUGGUAUAGUGGAGUUUGGAGUUUUAGAGAUGAUAGUUAUUGGGAAUGGCUAUUUUAAUGCCACUCUGCUAUCCACAUGCUUCAAUGUGUAUCCAGCUUAAAGUGGUCUUGAAAUAGCCCAGUCCUAGUUAUUUUGUAGCAUCAAGAUGUCAUUUUUAUUUUUAUUUUUAUUUUUAUUUUCACAUAGACAUAGCAUGAGAUCCUAAACAUCAACACUGGAACUAUUUUAAGAUCAGCCUUGCUUCUGAUGGAACGUUGAGAGUGUAGCGUGUUUCUUUUCAGCAUUAUAAGAACACUACCGAAUAUUAAGAGGUUUGAGUUUCUGGUCAUGUGUUAAAUUAUGGGAAAUCCAUUUUACCACCUACCUUGAUAUUGGAUGUGUGCUCAAUAUACAGCAGCUGUUUUCAAAUUUUGCUUGUUAUUCAUAUACUGAUUUUUAAUCUGAUUUAUGAUGUUGGGGGAUGGCAGUUCUCUCAGGUGAUGGCUCCAAAGCAACCUAACACUGGUCUGUUUGUGGUGAUAAACCGAGGACAUGUUGUGACGAAGAAGGAAUCACCUCCCUGCCCUUCCUUCUGAUAGAAAUGGGCAAAAGAGUCCUCUUUGUAAGGGGCUUUAUUAGAGAAGUUGUGGGUUUUGCUCCCUAUGAGAAGAGGGUUACGGAACUUCUGAAAGUUGGGAAAGACAAGCGUGCUUUCAAGGUGGCAAAGAGAGCUAGGCACUCAUAAGAGGGCCAAGAAGAAGCAUGAAGAGACGUCAAAUUUUCUACGCAAGAUGAGGUAAUUGCAGCUUGAGCACUUUUUACUCAAGUAUUUGGGUUGGUUCUAUGAUUUCUCUGUCCUUCUGAGGGUUUGUAUUUGCAAUGUUCUGGUGAAUAUUUGCGUCAAUUGCAGGUCAGCUGGAGUUGGAGUGAAGAAGAAGUGAGUAGCUUCUUGGCUGAUCCUCAUAAACAGAAAAAAGAAAAAAGAAAAAGAAAAUCUCAUUUCUGUUUAAAUUUCCUUCUGACUUCACAGAUUUCGAUAGUUCUUACCAUUUCUUCUGAGAUUCGAUUGUUUUCUUUAGGACUUGUUAAAUCCUAGCAUCUGUGAUUAAUUUUUCUUUUCUAUUUUAUGGGAGGUUAAAUCUCUUCAAGAAAGCAGCAUUUUAUUUGGGUAUUGUUUAAAUGAGUGUUUUUUUGUCUUUGGGUAUCCCCAACUUACCUGCCAUGAUGAAUCCUUGAAAAGAAUUUUAAUGAUUCGAGUCUCCCUUGAAUCUGAUUGUCUCAAAAUGCAAAGGAUUUCUGAGCAGGAUAACACACGUGGUCUAUUUCUCGGUUUUCAACAUUGACUUAUGACAUUCUUUUUUUUUUUUUUUGGUAUCAGCUCUUUGAUAUCAAGAAGUCAUAUUAAAUUUUAACUAGUUUGGAAUUAGGUUGGGUCAGACCCUAUGAAAGAAGCUCUCUUAGCGAUUGUAUUUCUGCCCACGAGACUUGAACUUGAGUUAUUAUUUAAGGAAUUGAGUUUCUUUUAUGUGGAGUUGUGGACCAACAAAUUAUUGGCUGGCUU